AUGCAGCUUGAGCUACAGGCCAGCUCCCCUGAAGAGGUGACCCUCACAGACCAUUACAUGAUCCUCAGGACCCUUGGCAAAGGCAGCUUUUCUGAGGUGAAGCUGGCCUGCCACCUCCACACAGGGGUUUGGGUUGCUAUCAAGGUCCUGGAAAGGAGUGAGAAGAACGACUCUGUUAUCAUGACUGAGAUAGAUAUCAUUAAGUCACUGGACCACCCGAAUAUUAUCAAACUGUUCCACAUCAUUGAAACCAGAGCACACACCUAUAUGGUGAUGGAGCAUGCUGCCGGGGGAGAUCUGGUGAGCCAUAUUGAGAAGGUGGGCUGUCUGCAGGAAGAAGAGACCCAGCGCAUCUUCACACAGAUGGCGUGUGCAGUUAACUACUGCCAUGAGAAUAAUAUUGCACACAGGGACAUCAAGCCAGACAACAUCCUGCUGGAUGGCAAAGGAAGUGUCAAACUGUGUGACUUUGGCUUGGCCAUCAAAGUCGCCUCUGGGCAGAGGUUCAAGGGGUUCUGUGGCACCCUUGAAUAUUGUGCUCCAGAGAUUUUCACUGAUGUAGAAUAUGAUGCACAGGCAAAUGACAUCUGGAGCAUGGGAGUGGUUUUAUACACAAUGGUGACAGGGCGCUUCCCUUUUGAGGCAAAGACCUAUUCACAGAUGAAGGAGAAGAUGCUGCAUCCCAAGUACUCCCUGCCAUCCAUGCUUUCCCAAAGCAUUGUAAACCUCAUCGUGCAGUUGUUCACUGUGAACCCUGAGCAGAGGCCCAAAAUAUGUGACAUUAUGCAGCAUCAGUGGCUCAAGGGUAGUGAAGAGCUUUCCAAACUCGAGUCCUCCUCAGGGACACAGCCCAGCAAACCAACUCCCAGCAUUGUGGUGGCUAUGUGGGCCAUGGGUUACAAUGCCAAGGACAUUAGAGAGACUUUACCCAAACACCACUUGUGUGACAGUGCCAAACUUGCCAGGAAGAAGGGACGCAAACGUUGCAGCAUGUCUGACGUCCCGUGCUGCCGGCAGAGGAGAACUCUUCCUCCCAACACAAAUCCCCAACUUGCUCCCGUGGCUGCUCAGCUUGUGAGCAGCAGCCUUUGGGAGACCAGCAUGACCCCCAAGGGUGUGUCCUUAGUACAGGAGGUCACCCAUGCCUCUCUGUCCUCACAGAUGCUCCAGAAAAACCUGCCUGAGAAGAUGGAGAGUCUCAGAAGAGCCUUGAGAAGUGAGCACACAUCUGUGCCUGGCCGCUGGGCUGGGUCUCCCCAGGAGGGCAGUGACCAUGUGACCAUGGACCCCCUCACCCCCAAGGAGGGCAGUGACCAUGUGACCAUGGACCCCCUCACCUCCAAGGAGGGCAGUGACCAUGUGACCAUGGACCCCCACCCCCAAGGAGGGCAGUGA